GAGACGGUGCGGUUCUCCUUUAAGAGGGGGACUGCCAUCGUGCACGGCACCCUCGAUCCGAGGGAAUAUCUGAAGGGUGCCACUCCCCCUUUGGAUUGCUCGACCCUCGGUAAGUUCGAGGACGAAGCCCUCGAGCGAAGAGCACUCGAGGCCUCGGUCACUGCUAGCCUGGCCUUCGGUGAAUAUGUCCGGAGAAUGGAGCAGCUUCGCCUCCGGAAGGCGGAAGACGACGAGGCCCUCAAGAGGCUUGUCGUCAAGAACACCGAGGCCAUCAGGAAGAUGGCUGAGCUGGAGGAGGCCCUGAGGCAGGCGGGCGACAAGCUGGAGGCCGUGAGGGUGGAGGCUCGCGCCGAGGGGAAGGCUGAAGCGGAGAAAGCCGCUGCCGAUGCCGCCAGGGAAGCAGCCGAGGAAGCUGAGAGAGCAAAAACUGAGGCCGCGGCCAAAGCUAG